GGCACAUUUGCUUUCAAAAGAUGAAGGAAGUCCAGCGCUUAUACCAGAAAGCGACUUUCAUAAACUACAAUGAAUGACGAUGAGCAGGGCACCACAGCAAGUUUGAUCUUGAUGGUACUGCAGGCAGAGUGCACAGACACGAGAAAAUGAUGAGAUGCGCCAUUCUUUUAGGGACGAGAGGCAGUAGGCGGUAUUAUCUCUAUUCCGUCACAUGCAUUCAAUUCGUAAAUCCGCAUUGACAUGAUGAUUAUGCUAGAAAAAAAGAUGCGCUCUUUGCUUAUUGCCUCGUUUAUUUCGGCGUGUGCGUUCGCUGAGCUCGCGGACAGCAACAGCCGAUACGCACAAGAAGUGGACGCGUAUGGUGAGACAAAAGAUGCGAGCGAUGACACCCUUAUGAAAGGAACAAAUGAUCCAACAUUUACCAAUAUACUUUCUUCCACAUCAACGCUCUCAAACCACCACAAAGCUAUUUAGUUACUCAGAGUUGAUUACGCAUGGCUAUACUCUCAAUUUCAUUUGGCACUUACGUCAUACCCCACGAGUUUCUAUUUUCUCGUUCGAACCUUAUCUCAUCCCAUCCCUCUCAUUAUUGGGGAUUCAAGUGGAGACCGGACCCGGAGCGGCCAGAUAGGAGAACAGCGUGGCCAUAUAGUAAACGAGCGCGGCCAUAUAGGCGAAGUUCGCCGCCACGUCACCAAAAGGCGGAACAAGAUGUUCGACAGCGAGUUUUUGACACCAGCUGGAUACUCGUCGUCAUCUCCACAGAGUGGUAUAUAGAUUGUUUUGGAUGCCUCGUUGUCCCUCCACAGUUGAGUAUGCUGAUUGCUAGAUGUUUGAGACCCUCAUCUUCAGUAGCACAACUUCCUUCACCAGUAUGAAAAUCUCACCACACUUUCUCAGAUGAUCCGGAAGUAGACGCUCAACCUCAACAAGGAAGCACUAGCUGGCUUCAGGCGGACGCAGUUGGCGACUCAGACCACUCCGUCGUGUACGGCAACUCAAGCAGAGCGCGCAUGUAUACCAACUCGACCCUCAUAGGUUUGGAUCUCGACAAUUCAUUCCUGCAGAGGAUGGCAAGCCAGACUAUCAGCGGCGAUACUCCUCUAGACUGGGAUAUAAUUAGACUAAUCAGGCUUGGUCUGCAGCUGCUUCCUCAUGAGAGGCAAUCCAGGGCGUUUCAGGAUUUGGAAAGCCACAUCCUCGACAAGAAGAAUGCGUCCUCGCAGUUCACUGACAUCAAAGGUGCGGCGUCGGCGUUGAAAAUUCAGCCAGCCACGCUGAUUGCAUAUGUUCAGGCGUGCAAACAAUUUGACGCUUUGCCGGAAGAAGAAGCUGGCGAUGCGUCCGAACAAUUGGACAAGGCGUCCAAAAUCUACGAUCUCUUUCUUCGCGCGUUCGAGAGGCCCGCUGCUGCUGCAGUGGUUGGAGCUGGUAAUUACAAACACUUUGGGCUACAAUACUUGAGAAGAACUGUAGACUUUGUGGAUAUCCAUGUAAUUUGCUUACCUCAUCUGGACUCUCAAACAGCUGUUGGGUUAAAAUCCAUGCUUUUUUCUCUCAUCCUAUUCCAGAUACUCCAACCAUAGGGACCACACCAGCGCCCGAUGAUGAUCCGGAAGUAGGCGCUCAAUUUCAAGGAAGCACUAGCUGGCUUCAGGCGAACGCAGGUGGCGGCUUAGACCACUCCUUCACGUACGGCAACUCAAGCAGAGCGCACAUGUACACCAACUCGACCCUCACGGGUUUGGAUCUCGACAAUUCAUUCCUGCAGAGGAUGGCAAGCCAGACGCUGCCAGAUAUCACCGUCGAUACUCUUCUCGACCUGGAUACCAUCAGAAUAAUUUCCCGCAAACUGGAGCAGCUUCCUGUUUCUGAGACAGAGAAAGCUUCUGCGCUCAAAGAGUGGGAGGACCACCUGCUCACAGGCGCCUCACCCGAUGACGCAGGAGUCAUACACUUCAGGUCCCUACAAGAUGCGGCGAGCGCGUUGCAAAUUAGCUCCGACUUGCUGAUUGGAUAUAUCAAGGCUUCUAGAGAGUAUGCAGACGUCCGAAAACGCUUUGACGAUGCGUCCGCCGCCUUUUCCGGCGCAUUGAAGACGUCCAUUGGUGCUGCAGAGUCACGGAAAGGAGAAGAAGGUAGUUACAAACACUUUGGGCUCCAGUACUAUACUUGAGAAGGGCUGUAGACUUUGUGGAUAUGUAGCUAGACUACUCCAUCUGAAAUCUCAGUAGCGAUUUCUUUUUCCCCUCAUCUUAUUCCAGAUACUUCAACCGCGGCACUCAAACCAGCGUCCGGUGAUGAUUUCAUUACAGUCCGCAACGCGUUGAGCGGCCAGGAAUUGUAUCGAGUGAGACAGACAGAUCUUUCGCCGGACGGCGGGAACGGUGGCCUCACGUCGGCGGAAAAGCUGAAGCUUUCUGGUGGAACAGAUGUUCGGGGUGCCAACUCGGUUUUCAUCUCUCGCGACAAAACAAUUCUCACAGACAGCGACGAUUUGGACCAAAUUCUGAAGUCGCAGAAGGACCAAAGUGCUGAAGUCAUUGUCAAUAACGAUGGGCGCGUAGGUAUUGCUUUUUUUGUGACACUCAUUUGAUAGCAUGAACGUCGAUAAAAUCAGAGCAAUGCAAAUUGUGUAUAGUUUUACCUAUCGACUUCGCAAAGUCAGAAAUGAACACAUGAUAGUGCGUCUUGAAUCUUUGUCAUGAGUAGACUCGGUAAAAGACUUCUAAUCAGCAGCAAUAUCAAGGAAUUCAUUUUCUCCACAUACCACCAGACUCAAGGAGCUGGGCCGCUGCUGCGUAUGCGUUCAUAUCUGCGCCGUACGAAAUGGGGCGUAUGCGAGGACAAUCCGAUCGCGACCGCUUUUCAGAAGGGAAGGAACUGCUCAGAACCAUCCGAAUUUUUUUAGCAGGUAGGGUUCGCGUGAUAAGUUCCUAGCUGAAAAGAUAAUCCGACAAUUGACACGGUCCGGCCGCUCUUUCAGCGGUCAUAAUCCUGCAAUAGAACCGUACUCCUCUAAGUUCCCACCAAUUGAGUAUCUGUAUCUUUUUUUUUACGCUCCUUUAUCUCUAUCUUACUCAAAACAAAACCACGCAGGAGACAGAGAAUGGAAGAAUUCGCUUUCUAAUUCGCGCCAGGGGAUAACAAUCGGAGGUCCAUUCAUGGUCGGAGAGGCGAGCGUCCGAGUUGCAGUUUAUCAGGAACAGAUAGCUAAAGGUCAUGCCGAAGGGGUUAACUCGUUCUGCGCGCUUCCUGCCACUUAAGAAAUAGCCAGCUCGUGCACGCCCUCAAUUGCCCUGAGUAAAUCACAAGGACGCCGUAUACACAGGGGCUCGUCGGUUUAUGAACGGGGGGGGGCGUUCUUAUUUAGGUGGAGGUAGAGCAGAAGCAGGGGUGAGAAGAAAGGAGGCGAAUGUGCUACAACUAGCGAAAGGAAGGCGGGGCCGCGGCGAGGCACUGUUCGGCGAAAGCGGUAGGCAUGGCCACUCGAAAGCCGCAGGGCACAAGCCUCCCAAAGCGCCAGCAGCUCGGACCCAACGGGAGACGAGGAGCAAAGAGAAUGCCAAAGCGGCGCAAAACAAGCAAAAAACUCGCGAAGGCGGAAAAUGGCCAUGGGAGUGGCCGUCUACGACGAAGAGGAGGAUGGCCAGAGCAUGGCCAACGACAGCCUUGAAAAGGGCGCGAACCAAGCUCAAAAAGCGAAGAAAACCGAAAGUCUGCAACUGAAAACUUUCCACGAAAAGGCUACAACUGCAGACCUUCAAACCAACAACAGGAGGAGAGUCAGCAUACAAAACUAACAGCAACAAACCGCCACAACGACACCACAGCAGAACAGUCCAGGCCAGACUUCAGCGCAGCUGUACGCCUGAAAGCCCAAACCGGACAACUGCGACAAGCUCAGUGAGCUUCUACAGACUCUUGGCACUCACGGCCCAAAUUGUGGGAAAGUAGAUGGGUGGAGGGUAUCGCCAUACCCAUACUUUCGCGCCCCGAAGCACGGGCUUGGGGCUGGCUCCAAAUUUGAUCCCUUUGCAUUGAUAUGAAGCAAGGGCAGCGCGGCUCGAAGCGCUGCCUGGCGGCCAGCGUUUCAGUUUCAGACUAGCCCGCUAGCCCCAAGCAGUCGCGCGAACUAGCGCAGCACAUGAAGCGGGAGACACGAGAAAGGCCCGGGAAGAGCGACGGCAGAGGGCUGCGCGGGUGAGUGAAGCGAGGGCACGAAAAUGAAGCACAAGCGAUAGCGAUGCUAAGUAUGAACGUACUAGGCAAGACUGGCCGAACGAGUGGACGCGUAUGGAAUGUCCUGAGGCUGGAGCCAAAUACCCGAGCGAUCCUGUAACUGGUGGCGCUAUCUGAAUGUGACAGCGUCAGGGCAGGAACUUGUUGGGUUAAAGUCAGGGCAUUGGAAUGCGCAGGCAUUCGGAUGGGGUUGGAUAUUGGUCCACGUAUCUAUAGGAUGCGCGGCCCCCGGGUACAAGAGUAAACGGGUGCCCGCGUGUAGGAUGUGCGGCCUUUGAGUGCAUGGGCAUGCAUCUGGACACUCGUGCUCCAGUGCGCUACAGGUACAAAGUGACGCUUCAAACCAGUGCAACUGGAAGCCGGCGCUCUCUUUGCGGAUUGUGUUGGAUCUUUUUGCAUCGGUAUGAAGUAGAGCGCGGGCUGUAGCGCUGCCUGGCGGCCACCGUUUCAGACUAGCGCUAGCCCGAAGCAGUCGCGCGACCGAAUUGGCGCAGCAGAUGAAGCGUGAGAACAAAGGCAAGACAGGCACUCUCAAAGCCAUUCGCGCACAUGCGGAAAACUGUAGAACUUUACGGCGAUGCCAAGUCUGUCACGUUCGCGAGAGAAGUUGCCGAGCGCAGUAGCAUAGUCCCUGACGCUUCCGCCACAUCUCGGCGCGCCGAUUUCAAGUGGCAAAGCCACCGCCAGAGCGUUCCCGGGCGCACUGAAUGCCGCGGCAGUGCUUUCAUGACCUUGGAGACGACGGGUCGCGGAGGCUCGGCGGCGUCGCCAAGAGUCGCCGACCGCGAAGGCGGCGGGCUUGGAAGCGUCAUGCCUUAAAUGUUAAGCAAGGGUAAGGAUGGACGCGCGUAACAUGCUCAGGCUGGCCGCAGUUCAUCGCGGAACCCGGUGGCUCGCGGUGUUUCGGCGUGUAUGGAUGUGCGUCGGGUAUUGGCCUCGCUACUCUUUUCGGGUCGACUGGCUUGGUACAGCAACAAGCGUGCGCAAUUGCGGCGCGGCCAGGGGCGAAGGCGAUGCUGGCUGAUGUGGGCUUGUUGCGCAAGAUCGCCGCUGCUCGGGACUGGUUUCGAUUUUUGAAGCCCCCCGCACUGUGGGGAGACGGAACCUGAAACGGAGAAGAGCUUACUCCGGUCCACUCCUCGCGUAGCGCCGGAGCAUAAGCUGCAUUUUAAGCAUGGAGAUCGCAAGCAGCGGGGAAAAGGUUCGGGGACGCGGCGCUCUGGAAAAUGCCUGGGCUUGUUUUGAACUUGUAACAAUGUCGACUCUUGGCAACCGUCUGCAGAGGUCUGCGAAGGGCCCAGAAAGCACGGGGGCGUAAAUGGUGAGCAGCAGCCUCUUACUUGGUGGGGCACCAGGGUCACUCUGGUAGAGUGGAAGCGUGAGAGGGUCUUGAGCGUAGCGCGAACGACUUCGAGCGGUGGGGGGUUCCAGACCUUGCGCGCAGCGGGGUGCUGGGGCGGCUGGUCGUGCGUGUUCUGUUGAACGAGAUGAAGGGAAGCAGAAGGGGGAGGAGGCUGGCGGCUGUCGAUUACCGCGAAGGCGGCGGCAUAUAAACCAGGGGGGCUUGCGGUGAUGUGACUCCAGGGCUUGGGCGUGAAGUGGCGCGGCGGCUGCGGAUCUGACAGCACCGCGAGCGAAUCGGCUGCAAAGCGAGAGAAUGUGCCCGCUACGGGGCUCCCAGCGCCAAGAGCAAAACCUUACCGGCUACCAGCUCGAUGCGAUGCCGAGGGAGGAAGCCGCGAAUAGAAAGGGGGCUGCUCUGCAUGUCGGGAGAUUCGCUGGAACUCUGCUGCCGGCUUUCUUUUUCUUCUGCGGGGGUAUCUGUGUCUACCAUUAUGAUUAUGCGAGACGUGGCCCCAGCUUGCCUGGGGUCUGACUGCAUCAAGAAAGCUGGGGGGAUUGCCUCUCUCACGUUGAUGGGCGUCACGUCUGGCCAUUCGGGCUUGGUUGGACCUCGAUGGAACUGCCUUGGCGUCACGUUGACGCAGAGCCGCCGCGACCUCACGCUGUUGUGAGUUGUGGAGGCCGAAGGGGUGAGUUGUGCGCAGACGAAAAGCGUACGAAAAAGCCCCGCUUCAUUAUCGGGCUGCUCGAAUGUGAACACCGUAGGGCCUUCGUGGUUCUUCGGGGCCUCAGGGUGUUCAAAUUCGAACGGCCAAAGAAUAAAGCGCGACUUUUUCGCCAGGCUUCUGCGUACAACUUAGCCCACAACUUAGGCCACAGCCCGCCACGAAUUAGGCCACAACUUCCACAACCUAGGACACAGCCGCCACAAAUUAGGCCACAAGUGUGCGCCACAACUUAGCGCAUAGCUUCCACAACUUAGGGCACAGCGCCCACAACUCUCCAGAACUUAGAAGGAAGACGCGGGCAACACCAAGCAACACGCCUCGCGUGCACAUUGAUAGCGUUUCCCAGCUCUUCGCGCGUCUCAAAGUGGCGGCGUGCGAAGCCCCCGCAUUUGCUUAGCGUCGUGACUGGCGCCACGCCUCGCGCUGCCACUGCCGCGCGCCGGGCGUUCUGCUGGUACGCUAGUGCUCGCUCUAACACCUUCCCCAGGCAAGAGUAUCCCAGUGCGAACCUUCGCGGCUUGCUCGUGGAAGGCAUGGGCAACCCACGCGAGCCAGGAUGGGGCAUGCAAGGUCUUGGAGAAUAUUUAACGGAGAGCGCACGCAAGCCCUGAGAUGGUCACGGAUGGCAGCCUUGACACUUGAAAGCGCGCCAGGCCUAUCCAUUCGCACCUGCUAACCUCAGGGGGGCGAGGCGGGCUGAUAAAAGUAGCGGCUUGCGACUCUUGUGACAGGCUUUGGAGCUUAUUCGCCCCUCCCUCAGACUACCACGAAACUACCCGCGUAGAACUAUUCCCGCGCAAAGCCACUAAGUAGGAGACGAUACUGAAAGCGCAAAGACAGAGCAUAGAACACCCAAAGGCUGCCGGCAUACCUGCCAGCUUGGCACAUCUGCCAGCUUGGGCGACGCUCCACACGCCGAGGCCGAGCGUGACGCUGCAGCGGGUGCUGUUCUACCAAAAAGCGAAGAUCUCAGCACCAGAAAAGACGCCAAACGAGCCAAGGAGAUCGUCGAGCCAAGAGGCACUGGGCCUCGAGCGCUUACGCAAGUGGGACACUUGCUUCUAAGACAGUUGGAUAUCUAGUUCUAGCGCGUUGCUGCUACCAAUGCGUAGGGAAAUUGGAAACCAGGCCCAGCGCCGGCGUCGCUUGUUCUGCUGAUGCUUACAUCAUGUGCCGGCCUAUUUGUAGUAGCCACUAAGGCUGAGGCCGACUUGGGUGAUGGCUUGGCUAGCUCUCGGGUGGACGGCCUAGGGUGCGCGUGCGGGCCUUUGCGGUCUGUGCUCCGUCGUGAACGUGGACGCCGGUGCCGUGACCGGUUUGCUCCACCUGACGACUUUCACGCCCAGCGCGCAAGCGCUUCAGCGUGGGGCCCGGCAUUUGCUUGAUUAUUAAAGCUUCAAGGCCAAGCUCAAAGUUGGCGAUUUGCUCGAUAAAAUCGAAGGGCACUGGCAGUAGAACGGGCGUAGGAAGUGGAUAGCAUUUGUGGGGCCAGAUUUGUGAGUAGCAGACUUGCGCAGGAGUAGGAGGUAUAGAGAGUCUGAGCGGUGUCAGGGAUGGCGUUUGGGGCGACUGAUGCCGCCCACGGAGGUGGGCGGGGUGAGUGGCUGCGGCUCAAGAAAGAGCAAGAAAAGGGUAGGCAUGACUGUAGAGAAUGAGAAUUGUGAAAAUUGCGUCGAGGGUGAUGGACGUGAAGCGCAUAGAAUGCGAAGGGAGUGCGCAUUUGAAUGAGAUUGGAUACUGAUGCGCGUGUAGCAUGCGCCGUUCUUGGGGACGUCACGUGGGUAAAUAAGUGCCCGCGUGUAAGAUGCGUGGCCUCCGGGUGGGUAUUGGUCUAGCUCUAGGCCUUCGCCCUUCAGUGCGCUCUGGCGUGAUCCGGCCAGCUGAGUCGGGCGUGUGCGCUGUCCUUGCAAGUCUGAGGCCCCUUUUUCUUUUUUGCGUUGUUAUCGCAGGAGGCGAGUGCCCGCGCGCGUGUGUGGUGGGCCCUUCGUUAUCUUGGCCCCGCUCUCCUGCCGAGUCCCCCGCCAGAUGGCGUGGGCAGCUGGCCCCCUCGUGACUUCCACCACUUUCGUCGGGCGACAAGCUCUCCUGGCCUUCCCACUCUGAUCAGGGUCUGGCACUCGGGUAAAGGGUCUGUAGUUGUUAACGGCCGGACACCACGGCGACCCAGUGAGCUUCCACAAGAGUAGGAACUGCCCGAGCACCCGCCCCAUUUUGCCUUGCGGCGUUUUGUUCGGUUCGAUUGACAGGCGUGGGGGGCUGGUGAGGGAUUCUUCUAAGACAGUGACACUCCCACGGAGGAACAGCUUACGAGAAUGUGCGACCCAGCGAAGCAGUGCAAUAACGACAUGACUUGGAUUUCGUUUGGGAGGGACGUGAUUGGGGGCAACGCGCCAAGAAACAGAAAGUGCAUCUUUGUUGCUCUUGUUGAUAUGAAUAAGAAUCCGCGUGAGCUGGUGGAAUGGAUGCCUUUUCCACGAAACUAGAGUAUGUAAGCUAGUUGUGGAUUGUUCCUAGGGUUGACUUAAGAUUUGAGAAAAGCGCAAAGAGUUACAGCCAACCACUUACAUCGAUACUGUACAUCUUCGUACUACUCACGUAUCACUAUCAGCAUCAGGUGAGUGCUUAUAUAUAUAUAAUUAGGUAUUCAGUCUUAGUAUCUAUAUCACUGGGUGAACAAGAAUUAUACAUAUUUAUUAGUUAUUAGAAGAAAUUCUUCACGACCUCUAGUAAGCCCUGCUUAGCCCUCUUAUCCUCGCCGUAAAAAGUCACCCAAUCAAAAAACUACAAGCACUAGACGCAUUGCCUUUGGAAUUCAUUCCAAAAGUAGCGUUUGUUCUUUUGUUAUAUGCGGAACCGAAGAUAAAGAUCGAUCAUAAAUAUGUAACCCAAGACCAAAAUCAAGAGACGAAAAGAAAGAGCCUGGGUCGUCUGCUGAUAGUGCUGCGCGUUUUUCCUCCUGGUCCAUGCACUUUUCUGAAAUCCAUAUGUAGGAUAGUAGAGAAGGUUGACGAAGAAGAAUCGCUAUCGCAAGGGCAAGCAGAGG